UGGUGAAAUUGUUGGGGGAAGGGGGGGGGUGUCCUGGUAACCGAGAGGGAGGAUGAUAGCGACUGGGCCUCUGAGGAAAACCCUACUGUCAGCUGCUGUCUCGCUUUGUCGGAGGAGGGUGCCAUGUUUGGCCAUUUCUUUACCCAGCCGUCCUGUGUUAUUGUCUGACAAAAUUCAUAUCUUAUCAUCCCGGCAAUCACGAGUAACUGAAAGAUGGUUUUCAGUUGGUCAAGAAUCACAGACUGCUGCACCACAGGAUAUUGUGUUCCUCAGUGAUAGCUGUGUUAAGCGCCUACAGCUGAUUUUGGAAAAGGGUGAGGUCCUAAGGGUACAAGUCGAAGGAGGAGGCUGCUCAGGAUUCCAGUACAAAUUCAUUGUGGAUACAGCAAUAAACCCAGAUGACAGAGUCUUUGAACAGGAUGGAGUUUCGCUGGUCGUUGAUUCUGACAGUAUGGAGUACCUGAAAGGAGGGACAGUGGAUUACAGUGAAGAACUAAUCCGAAGCUCAUUUCAAGUGAUCCACAAUCCACAGGCAGAACAUGGAUGUUCUUGUGGGAGUUCCUUUUCCAUCAAGUUGUAAAGUGGGACCUGUUGUGGAGCAGUUUUUCUCCAAACUUCUAUUAAAACGUUGCUCACGAAAUCUGCCAUGGCCUGGCCAGGAGAAGACCCAGCCGUGCUUGAAACAAAAUGUUGUGAUCUUGUAGCCUUGUUAAAUAUUGCAAAGACAGCAAAUGCUGAGAGAACACUGGAGUUUGCAUUAUUUAUGCUUUGUGUUGUGAUACUAUCAAAUAUUUUGAAACAGAAUGUUCUAGUAAUAGCAAAAGUUGUACAAAUAUUUUUUCUUAACACAAUAUCCCUUUGCCUCUUCUAAACUAAAUAAUACUGUGAAGGGCAGUGAGCAAAUUAAAUAAUUCAAUCUAAAUUGUCUCGCCACACCCAAGAAAGACAGUGAAAUAUUGUGUGUUUUUUUUUCUCUCUUUGAAGAGAAGUAUCUAUGACUGUGUGUCUGGCUGCUUGCUGGUGAUCUGACAUGGGUGGCGAUAUCCUGUCAAAUUUUAGCCCAUCUCGAGCUUGUAUAGAUCUUUAACUGCUUGAACAUGUUUUGGUAUUUUUCCCCAACAGAGAGAACUAUCUUUGAAGUUAGGUGGCACUCCUCAGUUUUGCUUGACUAUUCUGUUACUAAUAUUUAGAGUGUUGUAGAAACUUGGUCAUUUUUCAAACAGUUUAAUUUGAAAAUGACCGACCAAAUUUGUUUUCUUCAUUUCAGACAAAAGAAUGCCAAUCUUGGCAACUAGUUUCAAAAAAAAAAAAUCUCUUCAUCACCUUAAUUCUGUGUCCUCUGGUUAUCAGCCCUCGUGGAGAAAGUGAGGACUGCAGAUGCUGGAGAGCCAGAG